CUUCGAUAUUAUAAUAUUACAAACCUCGUAUUUAUUUACACCACCAUUGUAUUGUAUAUACUGUAAGAUCGCGAAAAAGUAGAAUUUCCCUUCAAUUUCAAGCAUGAUCCGGAGUAAAGGAAAAACCCUCUUUUCUACUCUUACUCAGUCGCUCAGACAACAAUCUCCCUUCUUAUUGAAGAGACCUACUCCUACUUUUCAACAAGUGACGAAAGCCAGACAUUAUGCUUCCUUUCCCAAUUGGUCUUCCAACGGGACCGGCACCAGGAAAUAUCGGGAAUUUAGCCCAAAUCCAAGAGACAAGCGUUUCCAAUUAAUCGUCGGUGCUCUUAUUGCAACAGGCGGAGUCUACUACUUUACGCAUCUAGAAUAUGUUCCCAUAAGCAACCGUAGACGUUUUAAUGAUGUAUCGUUAGACUUUGAGCGAAAGAUGGCUCAAAGUGCUUACAAAGAAAUCAUGUCCCAGUAUGGAGAUCGUAUGCUGCCAAGUUAUCAUCCUACAACGUUGUACGUUUCUCGUGUUUUAAAGAGGAUCAUCGCUGUUUCAGGGAUUUCAGAUUUGAAGUGGGAGUUGCAUGUGAUCCGAGAUCCUUCAGCCAAUGCUUUUGUGCUUCCUGGUGGUAAAGUAUUUGUCUUUGAAGGAAUAUUACCCAUAUGCCAAAACGAAGAUGGACUAGCCGCUGUAUUGGGACACGAAACGGCACAUCAAGUUGCAAGGCACUCUUCAGAAAAAAUCGCUUUUACUAGAGCUAUUAGCUGUAUUUUUUACUUAAUAGCAGCUUCGUUGGAUUUGUCGGGACAGCUUUCUCAUCUCUUAUUAAACUUUGGACUACUUUUACCGUUUUCCCGAAAGAUGGAGGGCGAAGCUGAUUACAUCGGAUUGAUGCUGAUGAGUCAGGCAUGUUUCGAUCCUGAAGCUGCAAGGGGCAUGUGGGAGCGAAUGUCUGCUGCAGAAUCAAGUAUGGGCGGUGCACUUGCUUUUGCUAGCACUCAUCCUUCAAGCGAAAAGCGGAUUCGUAAAAUCCAAGAAUGGCUUCCGGAAGCGAAAGGAAAGUUGGAAACCAGCGAUUGCUUUCAUCAAACAUGGCCCCAAUUUCAAGCUUUUAAAGAAACAUACUGGUGAUGGAAGAAAAAGGACUUCUUUACUACAAUACAAGUGCUAGGUUUUCUAAUCAGCAUUUAGGCUGUAGUGUUUCGGAUUCAUAUUGAUCACUUUAGACACCGUUCGAGUUUACUCAUUAGCCAAUGCUGAGACAGAGCAGCAAGUAUAUGCUCGAAAUUACGAAAUUGUUAUGAUACUUUUAUAUUUUUACACUGUACUUUUUAUGCGCUGAAUGAUAUUACUAACUUGAACUGAUGAAAUGAACCGUAGAAAAUAGAAAUAUCAAACAAGCCUUUUAUUGCAUCAACAUACAUAUAUUGAUAUAAGAAAUGUGAACAAUAACAUUUAUACCCAUUGUCUAUAGUAGUAGGCUGUAG